GACGCUUGGUGAAGGAAAGGUUUCUCCUGCAAAUAUUUUUAUUCUUCAUGCACUGCAUUGCUCAUCAUCUCAGUUGAAGAAUAACCAUUGUUAUUUGUUAUAUACUUGUGAUUGUAAUUCAAUAGAAAGUUAAAAAUGGAUUUACAUGAAAAAAUUCAGUCUCCCUCCAGUAGUUCAGUACCAGAGGAAGAAGUUUUCUUUGCAGAACUUAUAAUUUCUGAUUCUGGUGAAGCAGUUGUGUCUUCUCAGACAUUGGUUUCUUCUGUGAAAAAUUCCUCAUUACUCCAACCAAAUGUGCCUUCAAGUGAGAAAUCUAAAUCUUGUUAUAUUGAAGAAAAAUUCAAGCAUCUUGAAUCUAAAGGUGAAAAUUUACUAUCUCCAAUCAUUUUAAAAUCCUCUUCAGCACAAAAGGAUGAUGCCAGAGGAAAAAUUUCUGUCACCAAAACAAAUUCAGACAGUCCUAUUACAAGAUCAUCAAUCACUAUAAAAGUUUUAACUCAUGCUGAAAAGGAUGCAUCACCUAGCAAUGUGUCCAGUGCAGCUAUGAACAAAGAUGCAGCUGAAACUAACUCUGAAAGCAACCAAACUUCACUUACUGAAGCUCAUAUCACCAUGCCUGGCCAUAAUAAUCCAGAAAUCAAUAAUUCAAAUGAAACAAUUGCAGGAGUGAAAGAAGUUGAAGAUCAUGCAUUAUUAGCCUCAAAAAUUGAAAAAGAAUUCAAGAAUAAUGAAAUUUCUGUCCAACCUUCCAGCAUGUCAGAGGUGAAUUUGGACUCUCCAUCUGUUGCAAGGAUUGGAAUGGAACCAAAUGGCCAUCUUGCUGAUGAUGAAAAUUUGGGCAGUAUAUCAGAUGGCAAAAAUUCAAAUGAAAUUACUCACAUUGAAGAAAAUAGAUGCUGUGAUCAACUCACAACAGAUGUUGAAAUUUUGGAUCAUGAAAUAAGUUCAACCUUAGAGUAUAGAGUGCAGCCUAGUCUCAUUGAUGUCUCAAGUGAUGGAGGCUGGACCUCUGAUUCAGAAGCUGACUCAGAAGAGGAGAAGGAAAGUUGUGUGGAAAAUGCUGCAAGUAGCAGCUCUGAAGAGGAGGAGAGUAGUUCUGAAGAGUCAUCAUCUGAAGAAUCAUCUUCAAGUUCUAAGAGAGAUGAACCCAAUGCUAGAAAUGCUGAAAGAGAACAAAUUUUUGUUUUGAUGCCUAAAAAUGGGAAGAAAACAAAGAACAAGAAUGAAGGCUCAAGGCUGCCUCUUGAGAUAGGGCUAGAAGACUUGCCUAAAAUUGAAUACCUGCAAAUCAGCGUUCCUGAAGAGGAGGCUCAGAGCAUUGGUGUCAUCACAUCUUUUGUGGAGCAGCUGGUGAUUGUGGAAUCUUAUCCAAACCUUCGAGCCAUUGACCUUGGCUCAAUAUUAUUCCUGAAGAAUGGACAAGAAGCUCUUGGCGAGAUAUUUGACGUGAUGGGCUGUGUGGACCAACCUUCAUAUGUGGUGCGCUUCAACAGCCAUCAGCACAUCCUGGAUAGAGGCAUAGCAGUUGGUGACAUGGUCUUCUCAGCUCCUCGCACAAACCACUGCACCUUUGUUGAUGUUGAGGGGCUUAUGAGACAUGGCGGUAGUGAUGCCUCAUGGGAAAACGACAAAGAAGCGCCACCGUGCUACGUUGAAUAUUCUGAUGACGAGGAUGAAAGAAGCAGCCGUAAGGCUAAGAAGUCAGCUCGUCGCACUGAUGAUACUUUCAUGAUAAAACCGGAACCAUACCAGAAGCGAAGUCGUCCUGCAAACAAUCGCAGCAACACCAACAACCGCGGCAACAACAACAAUUACUUCUCUCGUCCCACAUCCAGUUCGUUUGGAUGGACUUCAAACGAUAUUGCCGGCCCGCACAAAAGAGGCAAUCAGAUUGCCUCUGGAUAUCCUUUUGGAAACCAUCAAACAUUUGGAAACAAUCGACCCUGCAACCGAAAAUAUGCUGACUUUUCCGUCAUGAACUCACAAGGAAAUAUGAGUCGGCCAAGCCCUGGGGACAAAGACCCUUGGAUGUUUGGGAAUAAUUCCGUCAGUGCCAAUACUUCCCUACCGCCGCCCCCUCCCUUCACAGGAGGACCAAUGUUGCGGCAACCAUAUUUCCCGCCACAUUCAGGACCUCCGCCGUUCAUGCCACGACCUCCACCCAGCUUGUUCAAUACCAGCAUGUCUCCGCCUACUUCAGGUGUGAUCAGACCUUACGUUGCUGCGACGCCUCCUCCUCCUCCUCCUCCCCCCGGAGAAACCCUACCUUCUAGCCAUGGGGAGUUCAGACCACCUCCUCCGAGAGAAACUCGCCCUGCUCUUACUUGCCUUGGGGAGUUCAGACCGCCACAUCCUCCUUCGCCUCACUCUCGUUUCAAUGUUACAACGCCUCCCCCAUCUAAUUUCUUUACUGACUCCUCGGGGUUCUCAUUUGGGGGACCACCUUCAACAUUUUCCAGCAUGAGAUCUCAACCCCAAAUGUAUACUCAUGAAACUCCUCCUCCCAUAUCGGAUCAGGGAAAUUCUGCUCGUACCUUUCCGUUCGGCGGCACUAACGCGCCGUCUGUGCCUGUUCAUGGUUCAAACUCUGCUCCAGUGCCUCCGCCCAACAUCAACCCCUGGGCCGUUCCCCCACCAUCGCUCCAACAGACCUUCCCUCCAGGGGCUCAUGGUAAUUUCUCAAGUUAUCCUCAAUCAUCUGACUCCAGAUCGUUUUCGGCUCGUUUGCCUUUUGACCCGACCAUCAAGCCUCCUUCAAGUUGAAACUCGCUUGUAAUUAGACCAUCCGUGCGCUGUGUUCGCUCAUCCAAUCAAACUAAAGACCUGCUUGUCGAGAUCAAGUAAGCGAAGUAUGUAUUUUUACAGUUAUUGCUUCAUUGAGGAUUGUUGCAGUGAUUAACUGCGAGACAAAAAUUUUUUGCUCGUACCAAGAGAGUAAUUGUUAUGAAAUUCCUCUUGAAUUGUUCAACGCUGGUCCCUCAGCAUUUUAAGUUGCUUAAUUAUCUAACCUCCUUUUAUUUGGAAUGGCAUACUUAAUUUUUUCAAAUUCCCUCAAGCGGCGCUAUCAGUUUUAUCAUGCUUUGUAAACGUAUCAGUAGUCAGUCAUUCAAGUAAACUGAAAGAAUGUU